CUAUUAUACCACGUGACUUACGUUACUCAGUUGGCGGUUAAUUCAAAAAUAUUUUCAUUUCGAAAUCGGGCGUCGUUUUGAUUCAUUCUACAAUUUGCCAGAGCACGUUACUAUUUGACACUUUCUUCAGCUCGCCGAUUUGUUCCUCUUCAAAUACAUCUUAUAUUCUAUCCGAAGAUUCUAACCGUUUCUUUAGAACUACCAUCACACACUUAUCGUCAUUAUUAUUAUUCUUUCUUAAAUAACAGAAAGCUAAAUCUUUAAACAUGGAAAAUAUGCGAAGAUCAUUCCGAACCACAGGACGACACCGUCGGUAUCUCUCUCUCCGUGACAAGGAAAACCGAUUAUUGACCACCCCGGAAUAUGUGAAGAAAAGACCCGAGAUCGAAGACCGGAUCGAUGAAGAAUGUCCACAAUGUACCCAGGCUGGAAACGAAAUCAGAGCCAGGAAACAGUCACUUAAUGGUACCACUAAUGGUAAUUGCCAAUUUAGUCGAAGUGCCAGUAUCAGAAAGACUGUCGUUGAUGCUGUUGGGACACUAAGGAGGAAAAUCUCUUCAACUGCUCAACUGAUGAGUCAAGGAAGCAUGGCAGAUAUAGGCAGGCGCCGAUCCUUGAGAAUUGCUUCUCGGACUCCACCACGCUGCACGCAUGGGAUUAAUUCCAUCUAUUCCCCUUUCACUUUUGAAACCCCAGAGAAACGCAAAGCAGAACGCAAAUGGUGUGAUAUCGAAACGCCAACCAAACUGCGUCGUGAAGUGGAAGCAUUGACUUCUGACAUGCAAGCUUUGGCAUCUCUGACACCCAAUACUCUGCGCAGUCGGGCAUCUGCACGGAAAAAGUCUCCAAGAAGACUCAACCAGGCAAAGAAAUUCCAGACUGUGGUGUGAAGUUAUCUCCCUUAGAUCAGUCCACUUGUUACUGCUUUUAUUUUUCUCAUUUAUCUUUAUAGUUGCCAUGGAGAGAUAGAGAUUGAGUGUGCUAUCCUCUGAGUUACUCAAGUUGAGUAUGACCUGUUUUGAGUUACUCAGAUUGAAUUUGCUAUACUUUGAGUCACUCCAUUUCAGCAUAUUAUGCUAUGGGUCACUCAGGAUGAGUGUGAUUUGUUGAGUCCCUCAAGAUGAGUGAAAGCUUUUUAUGAAAAAAUGGAGACAAAAUUGGGUUUUCUCUCUAUUUUUGAUAUUUUCGUAAAUUUUUGGUUGAUGUGAAUGGAAGACUGAGUUUUGCCUGUUGCUUAUAUAACCAUGCUCCCUAAACACACACACACACACACACAGACUAUAUACAUACAUAUAUAUAUAUAUAUAU